UAGAGAUUGCACUUCUUAACCAAACAUAAAACUAAAAUUGUUAAAAAAAAUAAAAAUAAAAAUAAUCAAGAAAGAACCAAGUAUAUAACUAUAACAGUAACAACAAGUCAAAAACAACAGAAUAAAAACCUCAUUAAGGAAGAGAUAGAUACUGAAAGUGAAAGAUUAUGAUUUUUCAUAGGAAAGUCUGUCUCUUUUGAAUUCUGCAUAUUGGAAAGGAAAUGAAAAAAACAAUUUUUGGAGCUUUCAUGUAGAUAUAGAGAGAGAAAGUGUGUAAGAAAGAAAAGUGAGGAGAGAGAGAAAGGGAUGUGUAUACGUGUGAUAUUUUGUAUGGUUCUGUGCAGCUCUCACGUGUGAAUAGAUAAAUUGAUGGAUAGAGAAUAUAUGAUAAGUAAGAAGAGUACUACAGGACUGAUGAUUUAAUUUCUUGUACUACUAUUACUACUACUACUUUGUACAUUGAAGAUUAAUUUUUUUUCCAUUUUUUGGGGGGUUGUUUGGAGUUUCUUAUUUCGUGGUCAUUUUGACUUGUAUUAUGUCUGAAAACCAGAAAGAAAGAGUGAAAGGAGAUGGUAUUUGAGUAUAGGGAUCAGUGUUUUUGCUUUCAAGAAGGAAUUUUUUGGUCGAUCGAAGCUUUUCUGUUCCCCAGAGAAGACACAAAUAUUGCAGGUUUUCAGGAGACUGUACUUGGAUAAAUUAUAAUCAAUCUUUAUGAAUUUGAAACACAAAAGUUAUUCAUCACAGAACUAAAAAAAGAGAAGAAGAAUUAGUGAGAAAUCCAAGGAUGGCAACUUAUUUUCCUAGUCCAAACAAUCAAAGAGAAGCUGAGACAUUUCAAUACUUUAGGCAAUCUCUGCCUGGUUCUUAUUCAGAAGCUUCAAAUGCUCAAGAAAACAUGAUGGUGUUCAUGAACUAUUCUUCUUCUGGGACAUAUUCAGAUAUGUUGACUGGUACUUCCCAACAGCAAAACAGCUGCAUCGAUAUCCCACCAGUUGGAGCCUCCGAUUCCAACAACACAUCACAACAGGAAAUAUUAUCUAAUCUUGGAGGAUCACGGAUGGAAAUUCAUGAUUUUUCUGCAUGGAGAGACAGCAGAAAUGAGAUGCUAUACCUCAGUCUUGGCUCCAAUAUACCAUCUGGAAUUGGAAUUUCACAUGUCCAAUCUCAGAAUCCGAACCAAGGUUUUACGUCGUUCUUGAAUCCUGCUUCAUCUAUUCCAGGUGAAGUUAGUGGUGGCAAUGUGUCCUUCGGAGAUGGUGAUAAUUCCCAACCAAAACAACAAAGAAAUGCAGAUUAUUUGCCUCCAGAUUAUCCUGGAAGCAACUCAGAUGCUAUGAAAGGAGGGUAUAAUUCUCCAUAUGGUACGUCGAGUAUUGGAAGAAACGUUCCCAACUCAAAGUAUUUGAAAGCAGCUCAGUAUUUGCUUGAUGAGGUUGUUAAUGUCAGAAAGGCUAUCAAGGAGCAUAAUUCUAAGAAAGAGUCGACAAAGGAGUCUAGAGAGUCUGAUGGCGACUCGAAAAAUAAAUCAUCAGAUCCUCCUGCAAAUGGGAGUUCAAAUCCUCAAGAUUCGAAAAACUACCAAAGUGAACUUUCACAAACCGAGAAGCAAGAAGUGCAGAACAAACUGACCAAGCUUCUGUCGAUGCUGGAUGAGAUUGAUAGAAGGUACAGACAAUAUUAUCAUCAGAUGCAAAUAGUGGUCUCAUCAUUUGAUGUGGUAGCUGGAGAUGGAGCAGCUAAGCCAUACACAGCUCUUGCUCUCCAGACAAUUUCCCGUCACUUCCGUUGCUUGCGUGAUGCAAUCUGCGAUCAGAUUCGAGUAUCACGAAGAAGUCUUGGAGAGCAAGAUGCUUCAGAAAACAGCAAAGCGGUUGGAAUAUCACGCUUGCGCUAUGUGGAUCAGCAUAUUAGACAGCAGAGAGCCCUACAGCAGCUUGGUAUGAUGCAACAACAUGCCUGGAGGCCUCAGAGGGGUUUGCCUGAAAGCUCUGUUUCAAUUUUGCGCGCUUGGCUUUUCGAGCAUUUUCUUCAUCCCUAUCCGAAAGAUUCUGACAAAAUUAUGCUAGCAAGACAAACUGGUUUAACGAGAAGUCAGGUAUCAAAUUGGUUUAUAAAUGCACGAGUACGUCUUUGGAAGCCUAUGGUUGAGGAAAUGUACAAAGAAGAAGCUGGUGAUAUUGAAAUGGACUCAAACUCUCCAUCAGAAUUUUCCUCCAGACUUGCAACAAAAGACUCAAAAGUCGAAGAAACAGAAGAAUUGAAACAUAAUGAAACCUCAGAAUAUGAGCAGUACAAUAGUGACCAAAUCUUGGAGUCAAAAUCAAACCAUGUUGCUGAUGUAGAAAUGGAAGGAGCAAAUAAUGCAGAAACUCAAAGUCAAUCUGGAAUGGAAAAUCAAACUCAAAAAGACGAACCACGGCCUGCUAUGGAUAAUUGCACCCUUUUUCAGGACACAUUUGUUCGAGGCAAUGAUAGAUUCUCAGAUUUUGGUAGAUUUGGAAGUGGAAAUGUACUUCCUAAUGGAGUUUCACUUACAUUGGGGUUGCAGCAAGGUGAAGGAAGCAGCCUACCGAUGUCUAUCGAGUCUCACGGUAGUUAUGUACCAUUAAGGGUAGAUGAGAUAUAUAGUACAGCACCUACUACUAUGGUCUCUGAGACAGCAGAAUUCAACUGUUUGGAUUCUGGGAAUAGGCAGCAUCCUUUUUGGCUCCUCCCAUCUGCUACAUGAUUUUGUAGCAUGAUAUGUGAUGUAGAAUUACACUGCAAGUUUUGGGAACAUCCAAGAAGCAUUCAGCUUCACUCAGCUGGUUAGUUUGAAGCUUAAAGUCAAGUUCACUGUGAUGUAAUAGUCUCAUUAAUUAAUGUUGUAAUAUAGCAAACUAUUGGAUGGGAAGUUCCCCAAGUUAUUAAUUCUGUAAAGUCUGUAAAGAUAUUACAGAUACUAUUGUUUUUGAUAGUUGGAAUUUGGUAUACAGUCGAUCCCAACUUGCUUGAGAUUGAACAUAGUUGUUGUGUAGUUGGAAAUA